AUGGCUAAUGUAAGGAAUAAAAUUAACUCGCACAAAACUUCAUCUAGAGCUAAAAGGAAUACUAAAAUUGAUAAACUCAAAACAUUAUUAAUAGGUUUUGACAAUGAUAAGAUUACAGAGUUGGUUAUGAGAGAUCAAACAUCUUCACAAUCAGAUGACACCAUAGAACUUGCUGAAAAUAUAAAAGACAAAGAACAAGAUACAGUGCUUUUUAAGGAUUCAAUAAUUAAAAGAGAAAUUAAACUCACAAAGGAUAGACUGUUGACAAGGCAUGGACAUCUCAAGCAUAAAAACAAAGAUAAUUUGAAGCUAUGCAAUAAUAUAUUGAAAAAUGAAUUGUUAAUUUUUGACAAGAAAGAAAAACCAAGCCAGUUAUCUCAAAACAAUAUAAACAACAAUAAUCCAGUUACAAGUGACCAAAAUAAAAGGAAAACAGAUAAAGAAAUUGAAAAUAAUGAUCAAGGUAAAAGAAGGAGUUUAAGGGAAAGUGAAAAAAGUGAUCAAAGUAACAGCUCAUCACCGAUUAAAAGAAAGUCUGAUGAUGGUUCGAAAAAUAAACAAAGUAAAUUAAAGAAGAAAAAAGAUGAUAUAAUACUUAAUUCAGAUUCUUUACUGGAUUUUCCCCAACUGAAAAGGAUAAGAAUAACGAAGAAAGGACUUUAUAUUUGUGAUUAUUGCGAUAAGAAAUUUGAUACUAAAUGCUCUAUUAGACGUCAUAUGUACAUACAUAUAUCCCGCAAGAAGUUUCCUUGCAGUCAAUGUAAUAGCGUUUUCCGAAAAUCAAUAUAUUUGCAAGCUCACAUCACAAGACAACAUCCUAACUGGGAUCAACACUAUAUGUGCCAUUUAUGUGAUAAACCCUUUCUUCUGAAAGAAAAUUUAAUUGUACACAUGACUACUCACAAUUAUUCUGACACUAAAUUCAAAUGCUUUUACUGUAGAGAAAAAUUUACCCAACAACACAAACUAAUUGAACAUGAAAAGACUCAUUUGGUCAGUGGACGGUAUGAUUGUAUAGUUUGUGAACAGAGCUUUGAUUGUAGGAAUAAGUUAUCAUUGCAUUUCAAGACACAUUUAAAAGUGAAAGAUUACAUUUGUCAACAUUGUGGUAAAGAAUUUCUACGGCUGAAUUCUAUGAGACGUCAUGUACAGAUUUCCCAUGCUGGUAUAAGAAUUCAGUGUCCAAUAUGUAAAAAGGUGCUUAAAGGUCAUCUAUCGGAGCACAUGCGCACGCACGAAAAAAAGCGUCCUCACAAAUGCCCAGACUGCGGACAAUGCUUUACUCAAUCUACUCAGCUAACAGUCCACAGGAGAUCUCAUUCUGGAGCACGACCAUAUCCUUGCCGAAUAUGCAAUAGGCCAUUUACUCACUCCAAUGCUCUUAUGUUACAUAUUCGUCGACACACUGGAGAGAAACCUUUCGAAUGUGCUAUGUGCCCUUUAUCAUUUUCACAAUUACCUCAUAUGAAGGCUCAUAUGCGGAAAAUUCACGGUAAAGAAAACCCUUACAGAUGUAAAAAAUGUAAGCAAUUUUUCAAAUUAAAGAACGAACUUGAAAAUCAUGCAAAAAAAUGCAAAGUAGGGGAAAAGGAAUUGUCAUCUAAGGAGGAAAUACAGGCAUCAUUGCAAGCUGAAGAGGAGGAAGUGGAGGAGCCUCCCAUGAGCUUAAGUCGAAUGAGAUUCCUAUUGGCACUACUUCUCACUAUGAUUGCUACUAAAGAAAAACUCAAAUAUUUAGGUUUCAACAAACGUUUAAUAGAUGAUUUACUUGUGGAGUCACUUGAAGCUAUGGGUCAUGUCCCUUGUAAAAAUGAAUCCCUGGCUCCUUUAAAACGAUUGAAGAAGAAUAUUGAAAUAUUGUUAAAUGGAACAGUACCGAAGGAGAAGAUGAAAAAAUUUCGAAAAGAAAACAAGAGCACAGAAGAUAUAUUAGAGCUUCUUACAGAUGAAAAAAAA